AUGUCCGCGCCUGUUACUGAACCAUCUGCUUCUGUUGCUGACGAGCAAUCACUACUUGAAACGCCCCCUACCUCUGUCGGAGAAACUUCGGCUGAGGAUGGCACCCAGACUGCUUCUGAAGAAGUAGUACAGAAACCACUACCUACGAAGAAGGAUUUCCCAGCUCUGGGUUCGGGUGCCUUUUACGCUGCUGCAAGCAAGGUUUCUUGGGGUCCCAACAUGAACUCUGCCGCUGCCUCUAAGUCGGCUUCGCAAUCGCCAUCACCAACCCCAUUGUCCGUCUUAUCCUCCGCCAAGCCUGCUCGUUCUAAGACUAUACAAGAAGCUUUCUCCCUAGAUCUUCAGUCCCAAUUGUCCAUGUCAAAGCUCGAGUUUUCCCGUAUCAUCCAAUCCGUGAAACAAGCGCACGGUGUUUCGGUCGAAUCGACAUUGUCCAAGACAAGCCGUACGUUCCUCAUUUCAGGUGCUCCCGAAAAGGUUAAGACAGCAAGAAGAGACAUUGUCAAGAAAUUGACGAAACCUAUAACCGCUACCAUCGAAGUUCCUUCAAAAACUAGAGCAGCCAUUAUCGGGUCUGGAGGUAAAACUAUUCGUGAGAUUUCGGGCCCUCUCGACGUAAAAAUUAACGUCGCCAAGGACGUGAACGAGGAUUCAUUUGAUGAGGAUCUAGAUGACUAUAAUGUGGAGGUCACUAUCCAUGGUGACCUCGAAUCUGUCAAACAAGCAGAGGAAAAGAUCUUGGCUAUUGUUAAAAGAGAAACGAAAAAUGCAUCUGUUCAAGUGUCUGUCCAGAAUAAGGAAUUAACUCAAUUUAUUAACCUAGAUGACAUCAAGACUGAUGAUGUUAUCACCAGUCUUUCCGAAGAGAACGGCAACAUCGUCUUAUCUGGUGAUCGCGAUGCUGUGAAGGCCGCCAAGGCAACUGUUCUUCAGUACUUAGAGAGUCUAUCUUCUCAGAUUAAGACCAAGAAGGUGAAAAUUCCAGUAAAAUUCCAAUUCCUAAUUAACAACAAAGAAAUUAAAGACAAAUUCAAUGUUAUCGUGAGAUUUCCUUCCAGUUCCACUGACGAAGAGGUUUCUUUUAUUGGUAAGAGUUCUGAUAUCGAGGAAGCGAUUUCUCACUCUCGUGAAUCAUCAAAGCACUAUGUUGUUGAGUCACUAGAGAUCUCAAAAGCUCAUGGCAAGAAUGUCGCACAUGCCAAGAACAUUGCUUUGUACUUUGAAAAGUAUAACGUUUUGAAUGAAAUUAAAGAGAAAUACCCCGAUGUCCGGAUCGUUCUACCAACACCAGAAGAAUUGAAGGUUGCUGAUAGUGUUCUUGUCAGAAUUACUGCCAAAUCCGAUGCUGCUGAAGAUCUUAAGAAUGUUAGAAAGGAGGUCAUUAAUUUGGUCAAUGAACUAACAACUUCUCAAAUCUUGGCUGUCACCGACUUGGACUACGACCUAUUCCACCAGGAUAUUAAGAAAACUCUUGAACAACAGGAACAAAAGGCCAGGUUUUUGCAAUUGGGAGAUUACUAUCCUGGCGAUGACACAAUCCUACUGAUUGCUCAAGUUUCACAAGAGGACUUCAGACCCUCAGAUGAGGAAUUGAAAGAGGGCCUAGAUGAAGUCAACUCCUCUCUGGACACCUUGCGCAAGAAGCAGAGCAGCUUGUCCACAAAGACUUUCGAGAUUUCCGCUGAGGUUCAGGACUCUCUGUUCGCUCCUUCCUGCACUACCCGUCAAUUGAUUGACGAAGAGAUUUCAGUGGAAGGUGGCCAUGUCCAAUUCAAAAUGCAUAACCCUACUGCAAAUCAAGUAUCUCUAAGAGGAGAUGACAAGGCGGUUGCGAUUGCCACGAAGGCUAUCGAUUCUAUCAUUUCCAACCCAUCUGAUAAAUCAAAGCUCACUUUUGGGGUUCCAUCUAACUCUGUUCCAAGACUAAUCGGUACAAAGGGUGCCAAUUUGAAUGCUAUCCGCGAAAAAUUCAACUGUUCUAUUGAUAUUGCACAAGAUGGUGAAACAACAACUGAUGCCACUGUUGUCGGUCUUCUGUACAAUGCCGAGCACGCUAAGACUUACAUCAUUGCUGAAGCGAAGAAGUGGGCCGAUAUUAUUUCCAAGGACCUUUUGGUUCCAUCGAAAUUCCACGGUAGAUUAAUCGGAUCACAAGGUGCUUACCGUAACCGUUUGCAAACUAAAUACAGCGUCCACAUCCACUUCCCUAAUGAGGGCGAAGGUGAAAAAGUAACUAUCAGAGGCCCUUCUCGUGGGGUUAGCAAGGCAUAUGAUGAGUUAAAGGCGUUGCUAGAUUUUGAAAUCGAAAAUGGCCACAAGUCUAUUAUGAAGGUUCCAACCGAACAUGUUGCUAGAAUUAUCGGUAAGAAUGGUGACAUGAUCAACGACAUAAGAGCAGACAGUGGUGUAGAGUUGGAUUUCUUGCAAAAGACCUCCGACGCUAAAGCGAAAGAGACUGGAGAGGUUGAAUUGGAAAUUACCGGUUCCAGACAAGCAAUAAAGGAGGCCACAAAAAGAGUUGAGGAAAUUAUCAAGGAAGCUUCUGACAACAUCACAACAUCCUUCGAAGUCAAUCCAAAUUACAUCAAGGAUAUUGUCGGCGCUGGCGGCCGUGUUUUGAAGGACCUAAUAAGCAAAGCCGGUGGUGACGAGAUCAGAAACAAAUCCGUCGAAGUUCCUAACGCGGAUUCUGAGGAUAAGCACAUCGUUGUUCAAGGUCCAAAAGCAUUUGUUGAUCACUUUGUGAAGGAAGUGAAGGCAAUAAUUGAUGAAAGAGAAAAUUCUGUUACCAAGGAAAUUGAUGUUCCUAAAGACAGACAAGGUGCCUUGAUCGGUCCUGCUGGUUCUGUUCGUCGUCAACUGGAAAGUGAGUUCCGCGUAAGAUUAGAAGUUCCUGACAAGGGUGCCAAAGAUGGUAAAGUUACAAUUUCCGGUCUCCCAGCUAACAUCGAGGCCUGUGAGAAGAAAAUCUUUUCUGAGAUUAUUAGAAAUAACUACGAUGCCGAGGUGAAGGUUCCAUCUGCCUAUCACGAAUUUGUAUCCGAACGUGGUGCUUUGAUUCAAAGAUUGAGAUCUGAUUUCUUUGUUAACGUCAAAUUUGGAAAUGCCAACAAGGUGGCCAACAAAUUGGUUCGGGUGCCUCUCGUCAUUCCAGCCGAGAAGGCAACUGGAACUGCUGAAGAGGGUAUCAAAUUUACUACUGAAGAAAUUUCCGUUCCUGAAUCCAAAGACUCAGAAUUCAUUCCAUGGAGACUAUCUUAUGAGCCUGUUGAUCUAUCUGAUAUCUUGACGGAAGAAGAACCUAAGAAUGAACCUACCAAGGAAGAAGUUUUGGAGAAAGUCAAGAAGUUGGUACAAGAAAGAAUUGAACUAGCGCCAAAGGCAACAACCGUUGGAUACGUUUGGUCCAAUAAGCCUCAAAACUUCAGAAAAGUUGUGGGCCCAAUGGGUUCCAACAUCAAGCGUAUUAGGGAAGCUACUGGUGCGCUAAUUUCUGUUCCAAAGAAGGACGACAAGAUUAAUGAUGUCAUUUACAUCAGAGGCACAAAGGAAGGUGUUGAAAAGGCGGCCGAUCUCGUUAUCAAAAGAUUGAAAAACUGA